GCCGCCGACCCCCCGCGCCGGCCGCGGCUCCCCGGGCCCCAGCGGGCCCCCGGGCCAGCGGCCACCAUGGCGUCCAGCGAGGAGGACGGCUCCAACGGCGGCUCGGAGGCCGGCGACGAGCGGGAGGCCGCGGGCCGCCGGCGGCGCCUGGGCUGGCUGGCCAGGACCUGGCUCACCUUCUACAACAUCGCCAUGACCGCGGGGUGGUUGGUCCUAGCUAUUGCCAUGGCCCGUUUUUAUAUUGAAAAAGGAACACACAAAGGUUUAUAUAGAAGCAUUCAGAAGACACUUAAAUUUUUCCAGACAGUGGCCUUGCUUGAGAUAGUCCACUGUUUAAUUGGCAUCGUACCGACGUCAGUGCUUGUGACUGGGGUCCAAGUGAGUUCCAGAAUCUUUAUGGUGUGGCUCAUUACUCACAGUAUAAAGCCAAUCCAGAAUGAGGAGAGCGUGGUGCUUUUCCUGGUGGCGUGGACUGUGACAGAGAUCACUCGCUAUUCCUUCUACACAUUCAGUCUCCUCGACCACUUGCCAUACUUCAUUAAAUGGGCCAGAUAUAAUUUUUUUAUCAUCCUCUACCCCGUGGGAGUGGCCGGGGAGCUGCUGACGAUACAUGCCGCCUUGCCUUACGUGAGGAAGUCGGGGAUGUUCUCCAUCAGGCUCCCCAAUAAAUACAACGUCUCUUUUGACUACUACUAUUUCCUUCUUAUAACCAUGGCCUCGUACAUCCCAUUGUUUCCGCAACUCUACUUUCAUAUGUUACGUCAAAGAAGAAAGGUGCUUCACGGAGAGGUGGUGGUAGAAAAGGAUGAUUAAGUGAUCCUUACCCACAAGGUGCUUUUCCAGAAUAACCAGGAUUACUUGAAUCCACGUUUUCAUAGCCAGAAUAAACAACUUGAAACAUAAAGCAUUGUAUUAUUUCUUUUUUCUUUUCUUAGUCUUUUGUUCUU